AUCAUCCUAUUUUAGGCAUACUGCUCUAAUGGAUAGUAAUCGAGAUGAGAGCGAACGAUGCUAUGAGUUAGCCCAAAAAUAUUUAAAAGAGGGUAUUAUGGAUAAAGCCCUAAAAUUUUUGCACAAAGCCGAAAAAUUAUAUCCUUCCCAUAAAAUUAAAACCAUGUUCGACCAUAUAAAUCGUAUCAAACAAACCACUAAUACCAAUCACACCCAUAAAUCUAACCAUUCCAACUUUAUUCCUAAAGAUUCUGGUGAUAACCAAUUUACCAGACAUAGGUCACAGUCCAGGGAAAGGACAUUUUAUUCGAAAGAAGAAAUGGAUGCAAUCAAAAGAAUUAAAAGAUGCAAAGAUUAUUAUGAGAUAUUAGGAAUAUCACGAGAUGCUUCUGAAGCUGAUAUUAAAAAAUCCUACAAGAAAUUAGCCCUUCAAUUUCAUCCUGAUAAAAAUAAGGCCCCAGGUUCAGCUGAAGCCUUCAAGGCAAUAGGCAAUGCUUUCACAACUCUCAGUGACCCCCAAAAACGUAAAUUAUAUGAUUUAAGAGGAACUGAAGUUGAAAGAAUAUCUCAUAGACAUGCUCAGGAAGAUUUUUUUGAAUAUGACUAUGCCAGAGGAUUUGACACCGAGAUGAGUGGAGAAGACAUUUUCAAUUUAUUCUUUGGAGGCGGUUUACAAAACAGAGGGUUUUAUCGUAAUGGUCCAUCACAUACUAGAGUCAGGACUGGACAAGGUCAAAAUUCUCAACCACCCUCUAGAUCGCGAGAAGAACCCAGCCAUACAAUAUUCCUUCAGAUGCUUCCGAUAAUCGUAUUGAUACUUCUAUCCUUCUUCAGCAAUUUUUUUAUAUCAGAGCCGUCAUACAAAUUCGAAAGGGUUGGGAGGUACGUUAAUUUGAGAGAAACAAGCGACUUGCACGUCAAAUAUUACGUCAAAGAUAAUUUCGAAGAAUCACACGUUAAUAAAAUGCAUCAAGUCGAGAAAGAGGUCGAAAGAGCGUAUUACGUGCAGCUUGAAAAAGAGUGCUACGAUCAGAUGGCCCAAAAAUCUUUUUUGAUGAGGCAAGCCGAAUUUUACGGAAAUCCGAAUUUGAGAGAAAAGGCACAAAAUUACGCCACGCCUUCUUGCGACUAUUAUAAUGCUUUUCGCGAAAAAAUUAAUUUUAUGAAAAAAUAUAAUCACUUUAUGUAAAUAAAUGAAAAGAAUUUUUUUUAUGGUGACUGAUAUAUACAGCCUCUGUCAUAUUACGUAACAAUUAUACGUGAAAGUAAAAAAAUCGACAAUAUUAAUAUGAAUUAUUAUUUAUUUUAAAUUAUUACCGCCAUAUAAAAUGCCUUUUUGUUUGUA